UUUCCUAUUGCCCGUUCCUGAUCUCCUUUUCACUUCCGGGUUAUGGUGCUUUUUGGUCGGGCGUGCGGCUGAAUCAAGAUCACUCGUAGGAGGCACGGAUCCCGAUGGGAAAUGCUUUGUUGAAUUGUUGUGAAGAAGGCCCGAAACUGUAAUAUUGAAAAUCGGAGCUUUUCUUUUAACCGACCCUUAAGACCAACAAUGUCAUCUUUAGAAGAGAAUUUUCCUCGAGGUGGAAUACAGAAGAAAGAACAAGAAGGAAAAGCAGCCAGGCAACUGACAGUAGAGCAGGAUAAUUUAUUUCAAACACAGCGUAAUGAGGUGACCCAGAAAAGAAAGAAAAAACAUCAAGAUUAUGCAGAGCCUAAAAAACUCAAGUCUGAGGAGAAAUCUUUUGUAAAAAUCAGAGCUAAUGAUUUUGAACUUCUGACAACUGAGUCUCUCACUGAGGGGAUGCUUCUGCUAGGAUGUGUCAAAGAAUCACAUCAGCUGGAACUGGUGAUUGGCCUGCCGAAUGGGCUCACCGGGUUUCUGCAAGCGACACGUAUAUGUGAUGCCUACAACAAAAUGUUAAAUACGCAAGUGACCACAGAUGAGUAUAUGGAGGAGCUGAACUCUCUGUCAGACUUGUUCUCUCCAGGAAUGCUGGUCAGAUGUGCUGUUGCCAGUCUGGAGAAAACGACUGCAGAACAUCCAAGUAUUCAACUCACAAUUAACCCCAAGGAGAUCAACAAGGCAUUGAACAUUAAGGCCCUUAGACCAGGCAUGGUGCUCUCCGGAUGUAUUUCUAGUGUGGAAGAUCAUGGUUACAUUAUUGACAUAGGCAUCCCAGCCGCAAAAGCAUUUUUGCCACGUCAGAAAGCCCAGGGUUACCUGCAAUCAACCAGCAAAGGGGCUGAAUUAAAAAUUGGGCAAUACCUGAAUUGCCUUAUUGAAGAAGUAAAGAAUGGCGGAAGGAUAGUCCGCAUGUCCAUCAACCAGUCUGAAGUUGCUGCAGCCAUUGCUACAGAAGAACAAAACUGGUCACUCAGCAACUUGCUGCCAGGGUUGGUGGUAAAAGCUUGGGUUCAAGAGGUAAAAUCUUCUGGGAUAUCUCUAAGUUUUCUCUCUUCCUUUACUGGGAUUGUAGACUUCAUGCACAUGGGUUUUCCUAAAGGAAGAAACUACUCACCCGGUCAGAUGGUGAAAGCCUGUAUUCUCUCCAACAAUCCCACCUCCAAGGAAAUUCGCCUCUCUCUGCGUCCAGUCUUCCUUCAGCCUGGUACUCAGCUUAGCCAGCUCUCCAGUGAUCGAAUUGGUAUGAUAGUACCAAACUCAACAUUGAAGACCUUUCUCAAAAAAACAGGUGCUAUCUUUAUGCUGGAUGAUGGCAGCCUAGCUUAUGCGCAUCUGAAACACCUUUCAGAUUCUCCCAGAUCUUUCAAAAUGGAAUUGUUUAAGCCUGAAAGCAAACAUAAAUGCCGAAUUAUUGACUACAGCCCAAUGGAUGAUGUUGCUAUGGUGUCUCUCAAACAACGUAUUAUUAAUGCUCCAUUUUUGAGGUACCAUGAUAUUCUUCCUGGACAAGUGUUGGAAGGCACUAUAUUGACUCUGAAGCCCUUUGGCAUGCAGGUGAAGGUGACUGAGCACAUCAAGGGCUUGGUUCCCUGCCUGCAUCUGGCUGAUGUACCUCUGAAACAGCCAGAGAAGAAAUACAGUGUGGGGGCUGCUGUCAAAUGCCGGGUGCUUGUCUCCAAUCCUGAAGAAAGGAAGCUUAUUUUGACACUGAAGAGAACCCUUGUCAGUUCUAAGCUCCCUGUCCUUGCCAGUUAUGAAGAUGCAAAGCCAGGCCUGAUCACCCAUGGUUUUGUUGUCUGUGCUAGGGAAUUUGGCUGCAUUGUGAAAUUCUACAAUGACAUUAAAGGCCUGGUUCCCAAGAGUGAACUUGGUGUGCCACCUUUGACUGCUCCUCAGGAAGCCUUCUAUGAAGGCCAGGUGGUAAAAGUUGUUAUCUUGAAAUGUGAGCCUGAGCAGGAGAAGCUGCUUCUCUCAUUCAAGCUGACAGGUAGUACUGUUGCCAGGGGCAGUAGAAGAGAAGAGAGUUCCAGGAAACGAGAAGUGACAUAUGAAGCUGGACAGAUUGUUGAUGUAAAAAUUGUGCAGAAGAAGGAAAAUGGCCUAGAUGUUACAAUCUUGCCUGAUAACAUUUCUGCCUACCUCCCAAUGAUGCAUCUUUCUGACCAUGUAUCCCAUGCCAAAUUGUGGUGGCACUGGCUCAGAGAAGAAGAUAUUCUCCAUAGGGUUAUGUGUCUCCAUGACAAGGGAGAGCAUAUUACCCUGAGCAGGAAGCCAGCAGUAAUUCUGGCUGUAGAAGAAGAGCAGGUGGUGAAGAGCUUCUCUGACCUCCAGACUGGAUUGCUGCUGAGUGGCUUUGUGAGAAACAUCAUGCCCUAUGGUGUCUUUGUUGAGUUCCCAUAUGGUCUGACAGGGCUAGCGCCUAAGUCGGCAAUGAGUGACAAGUUUGUGACAGACACCAAGGAUCAUUUUGUGAUAGGCCAGACUGUGGUAGCCAAAGUGACCAACAUUGAUGAGGAGAAGCAGCGCAUCCUGCUGUCCCUGAAGGUGUCUGAAUGUUCCUCUGACAAUGCUGUUUCAGAGAGCUUUUCUUUGGUGCAUCAGUACUUUAAGGAGCUCCAGGAGAUCAAAAGCGUCAUGGCCAAACAAGAUGAUUCCAGUGUGGCCCAGAAACUCUGUGAUUUAAAACCUGGUCAAAGGCUGGAGCUGGUGGUUGAAGAAAUCAAAGCAGACGGUUCAGCAACUUUCAGUGGCUCCUGUGUUUCUGGGCUGACUGCAGUGGCCACUCACAGUCAUCUUGGAGGCAAAAAUAUUAUCAUGGGCGAAAAAGCAAAAGUUGUGGUUCUUGGCAUUGAUUACCUGCAUUCAAAGGUCUGUGUAUCUCUUCGAGAGGAAUUGCUGUCUCCCAAAUCUAAGAAGUUAACCCCAGGCUCUCAGUACCAGGCCAUUGUGCAACACAUUGCUACAGAGCAUGCAGUGGUUUCCUUGGUAGGAACAGGUCAGCUGAUUGCCAUCCCAGUGGCUUCCCACUUCAAUGACACCUUCCGGUUUGAUUCUGAGAAGCUGAAAAUUGGUCAGUCAGUCACGGUGGUACUGAAGACUACUGAGGCAGGAGUCCAUGAGAUUUUGCUUGCUGUGCAAAGUCCAAUGAAGAAGAAAUCUAUAUUCAGGUCAAGAUAUCCAUCUGAGACAUUAGCGGAAACUCCUGCUUUGGUGAAACAUUCAUUGAGCUUGGGUGAUGUCAUCAAAGGAACUGUUAAAUCUAUCAAGCCUACCCAUGUCCUAGUGGCAAUUAACGAAACUCUGACUGGCUCUAUUCAUGCGUCCCAGAUCUUGGAUAAUGUUUCCAUUGGCACCUUUCCAACCUCAGUACUAAAAGUGGGGCAGAAGGUGACUGCUCGGGUCAUUGGGGGAAGAGAAAUUAAAACUCACAGAUAUUUGCCCAUCACCCAUACCCAUUUUGCUCUUACGUGGCCAGAGCUCAGUAUCCGGCCAAGUGAGCUGAAAGGGGAAUGCAAAACAGUUCUGGGCUCUGAAGAUGAAAAAUCAGAAGAAAUUAUGAAAUCCUUCAAGCCUGGUCAGAUGGUGACAUGCUUUGUUAAGAAGUACAACAUCACAAAUAAAUGGCUGGAGGUGGAGGUCACCCCUAAUAUUAUAGGCAGAGUUCAUCAGCUAUUACUGUCUCUAUAUCCCAAGAUCAUAAAACAUCCAGGGAAGUACUUCAAAAAUGGACAGGCUUUGGCUGCAACAGUAACAGGAUAUGAUAUCACUGGGACCAAACUCCUUUUAUCACUGUCAGGUGUUCAUUGCCUGGAGAAAGGAACCAUCACAUUGGGCUGUGUAAAAAGGGUGAUACCUCAUGUUGGCCUGAAGGUUUCACUUCCCUUUGGAAGGACUGGCAAAGCCAGCUUUUUCCACCUUGGUGACUCGUAUGCUGAGCAGCCACUAGAAAACUUCAGUAUUGGAAAAAUUGUCAGAUGCUAUAUCCUUUCAAAUGAAGAUAAUAGAAUAAAAGUGUCUCUCCGGCAGUCCAGGAUAAAUCCCAAGAGCAAUAGUAAAGUAGAAGAUCCUGAAAUCACAACACUUGAUGAUGUGCAGAAAGGUCAGCAUGUCAGAGGCUAUGUCAAAUCCGUCACAUCAUCAGGCAUUUUUUUGGGAUUGUCUGACUCUGUUGUGGGUCGGAUCCCAUUGCAAUACAUCAGCCCUCUAUUUGUACCAGAUCAUUCAUUAUGUGAAAAACACAUACACAGAGGUCAGGCCCUCACUACCAAGGUCAUCAGUAUAAAUAAAGAAGAGAACCAAGUGUUGCUGUCUGUGCUUCCUGACGACACUGGGAAACCAAGCAUUCUCCCAGAGUCACUGAUUUUGUCGCAUGAUAAAAUGGAGAUACUCUCCAAGAGGUCAAGAAAACAAAAGAGGAGAAAAUCUGAAAGUGAACAGGUAAAGCCAGCAAAAAAGAGAACUCGUGGCACUGAAGAUGAUGAUAGCGGUGUUGAGGUCUACUGUCGUGAGGAGGAAGACGAACAAAACUGUGAAAGGAAAUCUAAGAAAGGAAAAGAAGUUCCACGGUUAAAGGUUUCAAGCACUUUUAUAUGGGAAGAAGGCUUAAAUGUGCUGAAUACAGCUACUUUGAAGCCAGAUGAACAAAGUUCUGAUAGUGAUGAAGAGGAUGAUGCUGAGACCACGACAAAGAAGCAAUCAAAAAAGAAGAAGGAACUGGAGAAGCAGAAGGCAGAGAAGGAACUCUCCAAACUAGAGGCUGCCCUGAUGGACCCCAGCCGUCAGCCUGAGACAGCGGAUGACUUUGAUCGCUUAGUUCUUGGCAACCCUGACAGCUCCAUCCUCUGGCUACAAUAUAUGGCUUUUCAUCUUCAGGCAACAGAGAUAGACAAAGCCAGAGCUGUAGCAGAAAGGGCACUCAAAACCAUAUCCUUCAGAGAAGAACAAGAAAAGCUGAAUGUAUGGGUUGCCCUGCUGAACCUCGAGAACAUGUAUGGCACAGAGGAAGCACUGAUGAAAGUCUUUGAAAGAGCCAUUCAGUACAAUGAGCCUCUGAAGGUCUUUCAGCAGUUGGCAGAUAUCUACAGUGGCUCUGAGAAAUACAAGGAAGCUGAUGACCUCUAUAAUACAAUGCUAAAGCGUUUUCGACAGGAGAAAUCUGUGUGGGUGAAGUACACUACUUUCCUCCUGAAAAGAGGCCUGGUGGAAGCAGCUCAUAGGCUCCUCCCUCGUGCCCUGAAGUGCCUGCCAAACAAAGAACAUGUGGAUUUGAUUUCAAAGCUGGCACAGCUGGAGUUCCAAUUUGGCGACCUAGAGCAUGGAAAGGCUAUUUUUGAGAACACGCUGAGCACAUACCCCAAACGAACAGAUAUCUGGUCAGUUUACAUAGACAUGAUGAUAAAGCACGGCAACCAAAAGGAAGUACGGGAUAUUUUUGAGCGCGUAAUACACCUCAGCUUACCAGCAAAGAAGAUGAAGUUUUUCUUCAAGCGUUACCUGGACUAUGAGAAAAAGUAUGGCACAGCAGAAGCAGUUCAGGCUGUGAAGGCUGCAGCACUGCAGUAUGUGGAAUCCAAGAGCAGUCUUGCUGAGAGCUAACUACUGAAGCAGACAGACUUGCUACUUGUACAUUGAGAAGAGGAACCUAACUCAGCUGCAGGGAAGAGAAGCUUUCCUGCUUCCUGCAUUUCUCAGCAGUAUGCUGACUUAGCCUGGACUAAAUCACCAUGGCUUAUCAAGAACUGCAUAAGAGCAUAAUGUCUGUAAUCGUUGAUUCUUUUUGUACUUUUCCUGAAUUUUUUAAUGUGUCUUUGGAGCUUUAUUUAAGUACAGUAUUGAUUUUUUUAAAAACAAGAAUUAAUAACUAGCAGAAAAUCCAGUAUGUCAUACUUGCUUCUAGGGACAGCUUUGCUCAUUAAAUGCAUUGAAAUUCUAUUAGCUUUUCUUCCUUUACUUAGAAUGAAGGGAUUAUUUUUCAUGCCUGUCCUUUGCUAGGGCGCAUGCUUUGCAGUAACAAAUUAAUGAUGUGUCUUAUCUUGCAAAUUUGAUUAACUUGUUCUCACACUUAUCCAUCUCAUGAUAAAUCUGAAUUAGAAAUAACUUUUGGCUACACCCAUAUCUAUGCAUUGCAGUAAUUCAUUAAAAUUCCAUGUUUUGUACAAAGUAACCUGGAAAACCAUGUCAUUGUGUUUUUAUAACCAUAUGCUUACUGCUGAAACCUAUUACCUAUGUGCUGUAAUAAGUGAGAAUGUAUUCCUAAUUCUGUCGUUAACUCAAAGCAAAUGAUUUUCUUCCAAUG